UUCAGGUCAAAAUGAAUGUCAAAAUGGUGGCAAAUGUUUUCAAGAUACUCCACAUUGUCCGACAAGAUCAAUAUGCCUUUGCCCUUCAUGUUUUUUUGGAGCACAGUGUCAAUUUAGUACAAGUGGAUUUGGUUUAUCCCUCGAUGCUAUUUUAGGUUAUCAUAUUAUACCAAAUAUUAGUAUAAAAUAUCAACCAAUUAUUGUAAUAAUAAGUUUAACAUUAACUAUUGUAUUUAUUAUAGCUGGUUUUAUUAAUGGUAUUCUUGCUAUGAUAACAUUUAAAAAUAAAAUGGUACGUGAUGUUGGUAGUGGUCUAUAUUUAUUUAGUUUAUCAAUAACAACUUUAUUUAUAAUAAUUUUAUUUGGAUUAAAAUGUUGA